AUGACGGAUCAAACAGAUUUGGUUGAAUUACCAGCUAUACCAUCGGAUGCACCAGAAUGGGUUCGUGCUCUACCAUCAAAUGGUCGUUUUGUUGAUCGAACUAAACUCUACGAUAUAACCGGUCAUCUUUUAUUCGAUUCAUUACUGAAUUCGAAUGGUAUUCAACAUUUCUUUUAUUUUAUGGGUACUGAAAAACAAGCAGAACGAGUACAAAAAGCAUUUAAUGGUCUAUCAACAAGUCCACCGACGCAUGAUGAUCCGAUGCGUGAAGAGAAAUCAGAAGUUCAAGUGGCUUUUCUUCUUGGUCAAGGUAUUUGUGGACAUAAAGGCAUUGUACACGGAGGACUUACAGCAACAAUGAUCGAUGAAGUCAGCGGUGCAGCUGCAUUCUCAUGUGUUGGUCCUUGUUUUACGGCUAAUCUUAAUAUUGAUUAUGUUAAACCAUUAUUAACACCAACAUGGGUUUUAGUUCGAGCUCAUGUUGAACGUCAAGAAGGUCGAAAAGUAUACGUCCAUGCUGUCGUUGAAAAUGGUGAAGGUCAAAUUUAUGCUAAAGCUGUUGCACUUUUUAUUAAACCAAAAAUAUCUGUGCAAGAGAUUAUUCAACAACAACAAUAA